AUGCCGCCUCCGAGACCUACCUCGUCACGCGCCUCACCUUCACCCUGCUGCAGUACCUCGGGUUACCGCUGGAUGAGGCAGCUUCUUGCCCUUGCAGUCUAUGCCAUUCUACUUAUGCCAGGUUUUUUGCAAGUUGGAUAUUACUAUUUCUUUUCAAGUCAGGUUCGUAGAAGUAUAGUUUAUGGAGAACAACCGAGAAACAGGUUAGAUUUGUAUAUACCCAAAGAUAAUAGAAGACCCUGUCCCGUGGUGGCCUUUGUAACUGGUGGGGCCUGGAUUAUUGGUUACAAGGCAUGGGGUGCCCUUCUUGGCAGGCGGUUGGCUGAGAGAGGAAUCAUAGUUGCUUGCAUUGAUUACAGAAAUUUUCCUCAAGGAACAAUAAGUGACAUGGUUAGCGAUGCUUCUCAGGGGAUCUCAUUCGUGUGUAACAACAUUGCUAGUUAUGGAGGUGAUCCUAAUCAGAUCUACUUGAUGGGUCAGUCAGCAGGAGCACAUAUUUCAGCAUGUGCCCUAAUGGAACAGGCAGUAAAAGAGUCUAGCGGACAGCCCAUUUUUUGGAGUGUUACACAAAUCAAGGCAUACUUUGGUUUAUCUGGAGGAUACAACAUCCAUAAUUUGGUCGACCAUUUCCAUCAGCGUGGUCUGAACCGUUCAAUAUUUCUCAGUAUAAUGGAGGGAGAAGAAGCAUUGUCACGUUAUUCUCCUGAAAUUGUUGUCAAGGAGUCGAGUACCCGGACCAUAGCUCUACUUCCUCGUAUCUUUCUUAUGCAUGGAACAGAUGAUUAUUCAAUACCAUCGUCUGCCAGUCGAACUUUUGUAGACGUCCUUCAACAAGUUGGUGCCCAGGCCACAUUAUUAUUGUACGAAGGGAAAACACAUACAGAUAUAUUUAUACAGGAUCCUCUUAGGGGUGGAAGGGAUCCUUUGGUUGAAGAUGUCUUUUCUGUUAUUUAUGCCGAUGAUGCAACUCGCCAAAAUGCAGCUUCUGCGCCAACUCCAAGGCGCCUGGUUUUUGAGUGGCAAUUGCAGUUGGCCCGUUGGAUUAGUCCCUUCUAG